AUGUGGGGGCUAUCGGCUUCAGAUGAGCGCAGAAGACGUAAACGAUGUAAUGUUCCAGCAGGCCUAGGCAUCACAGCACGAGACAUUGAGCAAACGAAACCUAAAAAACCAAAUAAAAUGACAGAUAAUGAGUUUGUAAAUAGUGAAGUUGAAGUUUCUUCAUCUGACUCGUCUGAAAUAAUAGAUAUUUCAACAUUUGAUAUUCUAGAGCCAGGUCCGUCCAAGUCAAUAAUCCAAACAAAAAGUACGAAGAAAAAUAAAAUGUAUGAAAAAGAAUCUAAUAUACAUAAGAACACCAAGAAAGGUAAAGGUAUUGGAAAAAUGAGCAAAAUUGGAAAAGAAAAUCAAGAUAAGGACAUGAAACGCAAAGAAAACGGGAAAAAGAAAUGUUUUGAAGAAAAAACCCAUGAUAAUGCACUGAAACAAAAUAAUAAAGAUAAAAAGAAAUUGCAGAAAAAUUUCAAGAGGCUCUACUACUUCUGA